AUGAAUGGUGUAGGGAAAGCAUGCACUGACAUGAAACACAAGUAUAACAAGUGCUUUAAUUGCUGGUUUGCCAAGAAGUUCCUCAAGAGGGACAGCUCCAAUGACCCUUGCACUGACCUCUUCAAGCACUACCAGCAGUGUGUUCAGAAAGUAAUAAAGGAGAAGGAGAUUCCUAUUGAAGGACUGGGGUUCAUGGGCCACAGUAAAGAAAGGCCUGAAAGCUCAUCUUGA